CUUUGACGCAAGGGCUCGGGACGCAGCCGCCGUCGGCCGAGCGCCCAGCGAGGAGCGACCCCAGACGGAGCCUUCGAAGUCCCUCCGCCCCCACCUCGCCCAGACCCGGAGCCUCGGUCUUCCUCGCCGCUCGCCUAGUGGCCAUGGAGUGUCCGCACCUCAGCUCCAGCGUCUGCAUCGCUCUGGACUCAGCCAAGUUCCCCAACGGCUCCCCGUCGUCCUGGUGCUGCAGCGUGUGCCGAUCCAACAAAAGCCCCUGGGUCUGUUUGACUUGUUCAAGUGUCCACUGUGGAAGGUAUGUGAAUGGCCAUGCAAAAAAGCACUAUGAAGAUGCACAAGUACCUUUAACCAACCAUAAGAAGUCAGAAAAACAAGAUAAAGCUCAGCACACAGUGUGUAUGGAUUGUAGUAGCUACAGUACAUACUGUUAUCGCUGUGAUGAUUUUGUGGUUAAUGACACCAAGCUGGGACUGGUACAGAAAGUCAGAGAACACUUACAAAACUUGGAAAACUCAGCUUUUACAGCUGACAGACAUAGGAAAAGAAAACUUUUGGAAAACACAUCACUAAACAGCAAGUUACUAAAAGUAAAUGGAAGCACCACUGCCAUUUGUGCCACAGGCCUUCGGAAUCUGGGGAACACCUGUUUUAUGAAUGCCAUCCUUCAGUCACUCAGUAACAUUGAACAGUUUUGCUGUUAUUUCAAAGAACUGCCCGCUGUGGAGUUAAGGAAUGGGAAGACAGCAGGAAGGCGAACAUACCACACCAGGAGCCAAGGGGAUAACAAUGUGUCGUUGGUGGAAGAGUUUAGAAAGACACUCUGUGCUUUAUGGCAAGGUAGCCAAACUGCAUUUAGCCCAGAAUCCUUAUUUUAUGUUGUCUGGAAGAUUAUGCCGAAUUUUAGGGGCUAUCAGCAGCAGGAUGCCCAUGAAUUCAUGCGCUACCUUUUGGACCACCUGCACUUGGAACUUCAGGGUGGUUUCAAUGGUGUUUCUCGCUCAGCACUUCUGCAGGAGAAUUCUACCCUGUCUGCAAGUAACAAAUGUUGCAUAAAUGGAGCAUCUACAGUUGUCACGGCUAUAUUUGGAGGCAUUCUACAAAACGAGGUUAACUGCCUUAUAUGUGGGACAGAAUCUAGAAAGUUUGAUCCAUUCCUAGACCUUUCAUUAGAUAUUCCAAGUCAGUUCAGAAAUAAGCGCUCUAAGAAUCAAGAAAAUGGACCAGUUUGUUCAUUACGAGACUGUCUUCGCAGUUUUACCGACUUAGAAGAACUUGAUGAGACAGAGUUAUAUAUGUGCCACAAAUGCAAAAAGAAACAAAAGUCCACUAAAAAGUUUUGGAUUCAAAAACUACCCAAGGUGCUAUGCUUACAUUUGAAAAGAUUUCAUUGGACAGCGUAUUUAAGAAACAAAGUUGACACAUAUGUAGAGUUUCCACUGAGAGGCCUAGACAUGAAAUGCUACUUACUGGAGCCUGAGAACAGCGGCCCUGAGAGCUGCCUGUAUGACCUGGCUGCUGUGGUGGUGCACCAUGGUUCCGGGGUUGGUUCUGGGCAUUACACAGCAUACGCAACUCAUGAAGGUCGCUGGUUCCAUUUCAAUGACAGUACUGUGACGCUGACUGAGGAAGACACCGUGCUGAAGGCCAAGGCCUACAUCCUUUUUUAUGUGGAACGCCAGGCCAAAGCUGGAUCCGAUAAACUUUAAUACCUCCUCUAAAUCAUCACUCAUCAACUAUGCCGGACAAACAUUUCCAAUUUUCCAUAAAUACUUGAUCCAAGAUUUAAUUUCAUUAUGCACUUUUCAAUUUCCUAUUUUGGGUUUAGUUUUGUCAAUGGUAGUGACUUAUUGAACAUGGGCACCAACUGAUUUUUUUUAGUUCUACCAGAAAACCUCAGCAGAUAUUUUGAUUUGCUGCUUUAGUUGUAAUAAUUGUUUUUAUAUGUAGUUCUAAGAACUUAGUUCUAUUUGACUUUUUUAUAUUAAUGUUUCCAUUCUCACUCUGAGGCACAUUUACAUCAAUGCUCGUUGCUCUCACUUGCUGACUGAAGAACAGGUGCCUGCUGCUGCUGGAGGGCAGGCUGGCUCGAAAUCGAGCAUCUCGUGUGUAGUUUGUGGCCCAUGAAGGUUCAGUGACGGCUCAGGAAUCACUUUGCCUGCUUGUAAAGGUAACUGAGAGAGCGCCAGUAAGUAGACCAGGUAAUCAAUGCUCUUGGUAUCUCUCAAGGCUCCUGUUUAUCAGCACUAAAUAAAUGUGUUGGUUCAGUGGUAUCUGUACUGCAAAU